AUGCCUCAUUCGACUCGAGGGCCAUCGCCUGGUCGAAUUGCUCAAACGACCUUCAAAUUUCCUAGUGACACAAAGGCCAGCUCGCGCACAUCCAUGGAGAAAUUUCCAGACCUCGAUACUUCUGAUACUGUUGACCAAUAUGAUGGACAAUCAUUCUACAACUCACGAAAACCCAAUGGAUAUCCCACUGGGCCUCCUGCGGAUCGUUGGCAGCCACAAAGAAAUGGUGGAAUGAGAGGGGAGUCUUGGACAAAUGGAGAAUCGAGUAACGGGAGAGGACAUGGACAACAGAAGAGUAUAAGCGAUGCAUUUAAGACUAUCAAGGCGAGGAAAGGUAGUAUGAGUGCCAAUGUACAUGAGAUUUCAGAUGCCCUGAAGGCUCCAGUCUCUCCAAAGUUAACUGUCUUAUGUGUAGUAUGGUAUCUCUCAAGCGCCCUAACGAACACAUCCUCAAAAUCCAUCUUGAAUGCAUUCCCGAAACCUGCGACUCUUACUCUCAUACAAUUUGCAUUUGUCGCAUUCUAUUGUCUUUUCUUCUCUUGGCUUUCAUCUACCUUCCCACAGCUCAAAAAUACAAUUCCGGCUCUGCGACAUGGAAUUCGAUAUCCAACAAAAGAAGUUAUCAUGACUACGCUACCUCUCGCGGCCUUCCAAAUCGGUGGUCAUCUUCUAUCUUCCACGGCAACAGCCAAAAUUCCGGUUUCCCUGGUCCACACCAUUAAAGGGCUUUCCCCCCUAUUCACAGUGGUCGCAUACCGACUUAUAUACAAUAUUCGUUACCCUGUAGCAACAUACCUUUCCCUCAUCCCACUCACGCUCGGCGUAAUGCUCGCAUGUUCUGCAGAAUUCAGGGGAAACAUAUUUGGUAUUAUUUAUGCCUUCCUCGCAGCCAUAAUAUUCGUCACUCAAAACAUAUUUUCCAAACGACUCUUUAAUGAAGCUGCAAUUGCAGAAGCGGCAGGUCAGCCACGUACCAAUAAACUCGACAAACUUAAUCUUCUCUGCUAUUCAUCUGGUCUCGCUUUCCUCGUUACAUCACCUAUCUGGUUAUGGUCAGAAGGUUUCACUCUCCUCGGGGAUUUCUUCCACGACGGAUCUCUUGACCUAAGCUCCCACCCCGAAGCCUUCGACCACGGACGUCUAGCCCUCGAAUUUGUCUUCAACGGAACUUUCCACUUCGGCCAAAACAUCAUUGCCUUUGUCCUCCUUAGCAUGGUAUCCCCUGUCACCUACUCCGUUGCCUCUCUCAUAAAACGUGUCUUCGUCGUUGUAAUCGCCAUCAUCUGGUUCCAAAAUCCCACGACCAAAAUUCAAGGUCUAGGAAUCACCCUCACAUUCUUCGGUCUUUACCUUUACGACCGCACUAAGGGCUCCAACAAAGCAGACCGCAAAGCCAAAAUGCUGAACACAAAAGAAGAUACCAUCCUCCCUUUGAGCACAACAUCCAACCUGCUCAACCCAGGAACCCAAGGCCAAGUCCUCUUCGACUCCCCAAUCCAAGCCCGAGGCGGUGGCUACGCUUUAUCGUCUAGUAAUUCGGAUAAUAAAAGAUCAGACAAUAAUUCAUUCGAUAAAAUGGGGAGAUUGAGGGGCAGUAGUAAUGCUUCUUGGUUACCGCCUGGGACCCGGCAGGAAGAUACUUGGAAACCAAGGGAGAUAAUUGCGAGUGGGCCGGGGGUAAACGGGAAUGGGAAUGGCAUUUCUGUUAACUAG